AUGCACAACAAUUUACACCUUGUUAAAUACCCAUCACUGCAGUCACUGCAAUGCAAACCAUUUAGAACUUGAAACAUGGUUUCAACGAUGCCUCAAACCUUUCUUCAAUGGUUGAGCUUGGUGGGGGCAGUAUGGCUUCAAUCCAUAAACGGAACAAAUACAAAUUUCCCUGCUUACUCAUCCCAACUCAAAGCUCUUCUUUCCAUGUCCCAGUUCCAACUCAACAAUCUUGCCUUCGCCUCAGACGCCGGCAAGCUUUUCGGGUGGAUUUCCGGCGUUGCAACAGUUUAUUUGCCCCUUUGGGUAGUUCUCGUGAUUGGCGCCACUCUUGGUUGUGUUGGUUAUGGUUUACAAUAUCUCUUCAUAACAAACCAUAUCUCCUCUCUUCCAUAUGGCUAUAUCUUUUUACUCACUGUUGUAGCAGGAAAUAGCAUUUGUUGGAUCAACACCGUUUGUUAUGUUGUAACCAUUAAAAAUUUCCCUUCAAAUCGUCAAGUAGCUGUAGGAAUAACAACCAGUUACUUAGGAUUAAGUGCAAAAAUCUAUACAGAUAUUGUCGGUGCUAUGUAUUCUUCCCCUAUAAAAAGAGGUAAAGCUUAUCUUCUUCUUAAUUCCAUCCUUCCUUUAAUCACUUGUGUCGUCACUGCGCCUCUUGUUAGAGGUGUUAAAGUUGAAAAAAGUAAAAGAAUGAGAGGAGGGUUCAUUGUUAUGUUUGUGAUAACAAUAGUUACUGGAAUCUACGCCAUUAUUGGCAGCUUCGAUAGGGUGUCAAAAGUAUUAUCGCCACUGAAGAAUAUGAUUGGCAUGAUAGUUUGCCUAUUAAUCCCACUAGUGAUUCCAUUUGGAGAAAAGAUUAGGGAGGUUUUCGCAACAAAAUGGUGGCUAAAUGGAGAGCCAAAGGUGCAUAAUUCUACCAUAGACGACAACACGAGUGUGGAGAGAGUAGAAAAUGGAGUAAAGGAAGAUGAAAAAGAUGAAGCUGAGAUCGAAAAUCAUGAGAUAGAUGUCAUGGAGGAGAUUGGGGUGAAGUUGAUGGUGAAGAGAGUAGAAUUUUGGUUGUAUUUUUUUGUGUAUUUAUUUGGUGCAACCCUUGGUCUUGUGUUUCUCAACAACUUGGGACAAAUAGCCGAGUCUCGUGGCUUCUCAGGAAUUUCUUCUCUGGUUUCUUUGUCUUCAUCAUUCGGCUUCUUUGGCCGUCUCUUGCCAUCCCUUUUCGAGUACUUUUUCUCAAGGAGCAAGUACAUGAUUUCAAGAACAGCUUCAAUAGUUGCAUUAAUGGCGCCAAUGGCAGGAGCUUUCAUUCUACUUCUCAACACAACCAACUUUGCUCUCUGUAUGAGCACCGCCAUUAUAGGCAUCUGCACAGGAGCCAUUACUACCUUAUCUGUAGCGACAACUACCGAGCUGUUUGGUACAAAGAAUUUCAGUGUGAACCAUAACGUUGUGGUGGCAAAUAUCCCAAUUGGCUCCUUUCUCUAUGGCUACUUAGCCGCCCUUAUUUAUCAUAAGGAAAGCAAUGGACAUGGCCGAUGCAUUGGAUCUCACUGCUACAGAAAUACUUUCAUUUUCUGGGGUUCUCUUUGUUCCUUCGGGACUUUUCUAGCUUCAUUAUUGUAUAUCCGUACAAGGAAGUUCUACUCACAAAGAUACUAUGGAAGGCAAUGAUACAAAGUCAGAUACUAAUAUAUUAUACUUUGUUACGUUUAUUCUCUUAUGAAGACGUACAAUAUUAAUGCAUUUUUGUAAGUAUAUAGGUAUUUAAAAAUCUCCAGUCGAUUUUGAUGUGUAUUUCGACAUUUGAAUGAAUGUAGUCCACUAACUUUAUGUAGAGAAUCGUAAUAUUCAUAAAGAGAUAAAUAUGUCGUUGUUUGAGUAACCACGUUAAAUGAUAAUGUUUAAGAGACCA